UUCUUCUUCAUCACAAUUUUUCUACGGUCGGAGAGAUUCUAAAGAGUUCUCUAUCUUCCUUCUUCUUUCUUUUCCGAUCAUGAUGCAGCAGCCACCACCCGGCGGUAUCCUUCCACAUCACGUCCCUCCUCCUUCUGCGCAACAGCAGUACGGUUACCAGCAACCGUCUCCUUACGGGAUUGCUGGAGCUGCUCCACCGCCACAGAUGUGGAAUCCUCAAGCGGCGGCGCCGCCAUCAUCUCAGCCUAUGACUGCCGACGAGAUCCGGACUCUUUGGAUCGGGGACUUACAGUAUUGGAUGGAUGAGAGUUUCCUCUAUGGUUGUUUUGCUCAUACCGGAGAGCUUCUUUCUGCUAAAGUGAUCCGUAACAAGCAAACCGGCCAGGUUGAAGGUUACGGUUUUAUUGAGUUUGCGUCUCAUGCUGCUGCUGAACGAACUCUACAAACAUUCAACAACACUCCUAUCCCGAGCUUUCCGGAUCAGCUCUUUAGAUUGAACUGGGCAUCAUUGAGUUCAGGAGAUAAACGGGACGAUUCACCAGACUACACUAUAUUCGUCGGUGACCUUGCUGCUGAUGUUACGGAUUAUAUCCUACUUGAGACGUUCAGAACCUCUUAUCCUUCAGUUAAGGGUGCCAAGGUUGUUAUUGACAGAGCCACUGGGCGUACCAAGGGAUAUGGUUUUGUUAGGUUUUCUGAUGAAAGUGAACAGAUGCGUGCUAUGACGGAGAUGAAUGGUGUUCCUUGUUCUACCAGACCUAUGAGAAUUGGGCCAGCUGCUAGCAAAAAAGGUGUAACUGGUCAAAGAGAUUCAUACCAGGGCGCUGCUGCAGGGGUACCUACUGAUAAUGAUCCAAAUAACACAACUGUUUUUGUUGGUGGAUUGGAUCCAUCUGUCACGGAUGAUCAUCUAAAGAAUGUCUUUGGCCAGUAUGGUGAGAUUGUGCAUGUGAAAAUACCAGCUGGAAAGCGCUGUGGAUUUGUUCAAUUUUCGGAGAAGAGCUGCGCUGAGGAAGCUCUUAGAAUGCUGAAUGGAGUGCAAUUGGGGGGAACAACAGUGAGGCUCUCAUGGGGCCGAAGUCCUUCUAACAAACAGACAGCGGAUCCAAGCCAGUUUUAUUACGGUGGGUAUGGACAAGGACAGGAGCAGUAUGGAUACUCGAUCCCGCAAGACCCAAAUGCAUAUUACGGAGGUUACUCUGGUGGUGGUGGUGGUGGAUACAGCGGUUACCAGCAGACACCACAGGCAGGACAGCAGGCACCACAGCAACCACCACAGCAGCAACAAGUCGGGUUCAGCUACUGACCACGAUGAGUAUUUGUUGGGUUAAUGUCCUGUUUGCUGUUUGCGUACUCUGUUAUGAGCGUGUUCUAAAACACAGUUGAUUUGUCUUUGUUUCUCUUAGGUGUGUUUUUUCUGCUUUUUAAGUCUUAAUAAUGUUUCAACGGUGUUUCUGCUUUUUAAUGUUGUCAUCACUUUUCUGAAAGAACGUAAUAAGCUUUGAUAAUAUUUUUGGGUA